AUGCAACCGCAUCUCUACCCCACCGACACGACUAAAAUAGCGUUCAUAAUCUCCCAACUGCAAGGCAAGGCUCUCCAGUGGGCCGACUCUCUCUGGACUCAUAAAGGCUCCGUGGUUAAGUCAUACUCUUCAUUCGUCGCCCACUUCCGCGAGGUCUUUGGAACUCCCUUGGCUGAUUCUUCUAUUGGUGAGAAACUCUAUAACUUAAAACAAGGAUCAAACUCUGUGACUGAUUAUGCCUUGCAGUUCCGGACGCUGGCCGCUAGCAGUGGAUGGAAUGAACAAGCCCUCAUCACCUCAUUUCGUCAGGGGUUGGAACCCAGAAAGGCUGACCCUGAAUCUAUGUCUAUACUGUGGAUCUCCGGGGCAUGCAAUCUCCGCAUGCCCAAUUCGUCCUCCUCGACCUUUGGGUCAGCAGGAAACUUCAUCUCUGGCUCCCUCUGUCGACAACGCAAGCUCAAAACCUCGCCCUCUCCGACUAUCUACCAAGUCCAGUCUAUCACGGGCAAACCCCUGAGCCGGAAGAGGAUCAGCUGUUGUGUGGGACCCCUUCAGCUCCGUGUAGGUAUCCUACACGUGGAAGACAUCCAUUUGCUGGUUCUGGAGGAUUCCACCGCUGACGUGGUUCUAGGGUGCCCGUGGCUCGAACAGCACAGCCCCACCAUCUCCUGGCACACGGGCGAGAUCCUGAAGUGGGGCGAACACUGUUUCUCCAGUUGCUUCUCCGAGCUUCCAGUUCCCAAGUCUCCAUGUUCCAAGAAGAUCUCCGUCUGUACUACUUCCAUUGAAAGCCCCAUCAAGAAACGCUCCACUGACAUUCCAUCCUGUUACGCCCCCUUCAGUGACGUCUUCUGCCCGCAACGAGCCUCCAAGCUACCUCCACACUGGCUAUGGGACUGUGCCAUAGAUCUGUUACCGGGUGAGCCAGUGCCUAGGGGAAGGAUUUACCCCCUGUCAGUGCCGGAGGAGAAGGCCAUGGAAGAAUACAUCGAAGAGGCCCUUAACCAAGGAUAUAUACGCCUGUCUACUUCCCCUGCUGCCUCAAGUUUCUUCUUAGUGGCAAAAAAGGACGGAGGCUUGCGGCCCUGCAUAGACUAUCGAUCCUUAAACAAGAUAACAGUAAAGUUCCGACUGGCCGAACAUCGCCACCACGUUGCGGAGGUCCUCCUACGCUUACAGCAAUACCAUCUAUUCCUCAAGGCAGAAAAGUGCUCCUUUCACCAACCCUCAGUCCACUUCCUGGGAUACUUCAUUGAUCACAGUGGCAUCCGGAUGGACGAGGGGAAGGUAGAAGCCAUCAAGUCCUGGCCUGCUCCCACAACCAUCAAAGAACUCCAACGCUUCCUAGGCUUCACCAAUUUCUACCGUCGCUUCAUCAAAAACUACAGUUCCAUCGUCCAUCCACUAACCAACCUCCUCCGUCACCAGCCCAAAUUUGAUUUCACUAUCUCCUAUCGCCCCGGCUCUAAGAACAUUAAAGCUGAUGCCUUAUCCCGUCUCCAUGCUCCUGAGGAAAAAAAUGAAUCUCCUGAAACCAUCCUUCCAAAGUCCAUCUUCGUGAACCCCAUCCAGUGGUCAGAAGAAACUCUACCCUCCUCCAAUGCCUCCUCCUACACUCCGCCGGGUUGUCCCCAGGGCCUUCAAAGACCGUACCAACACCGUAGACCCAGUAUGAGCCAACCAGACCCAUUCCAAGCCCUGGUGGAUGCGCUUCGGCGAACACUCACCACCAAUCCACCGUCACCAUCUCCAGCCACUUCUCCCUCACCUGCACCAGCGGGAACCUCAGUCAGCACCGUCAGCUCUCCUUCACCUCCGUUAACGCUUGCUGCUGUUAGCGGAUGGAACGAACAGGCUUUAAUAACCACCUACCGUCAAGGACUGGAACCCCGGGCCUGCCUCCAAGAACACCAGGACCAGUUUCUUCCCACCAUGCUCCUCUGCCGAUCCGAACCCGUCAGCUCCCCAGAACCAGCCAACGAACCCAUGGAUGUAGAGAAUUCUUGUUUAACUCCCUCUGAGCGCCAUCGUCAGCUGACCCUGAACCUGUGCUUGUAUUGUGGCGCUUCCGGGCAUGCGAUUGCGGCGUGCCCCACACGACCUCCUCGACCCAUGGAAAAAGUAAAAUUUCCUUCUCUUUCUUCUUCAGUUCCAUCUAAUGUUGAGAGUGUUUUUGUCAUCGACCGCAAAGAGACUGAGAUGACAUUUGAAUGGAUAAAAGUUAACAACAGGAACGGUUACACUUAUAAGCUGGAAUUCAUUGAUAAAAUUGAGAGUAUACCUACAACAAGUGGCUCUGCAGUGGUAUAUAGGGUCACGCCUCUGCCUUCAGGGACUGAAGUCUUCUUUACACUCUACACUGUGUUUGAAGGAGUGAAGAGCAGUGGAUUCAGCUUCUCCAAUAUAACCGUUCCAUCUAAUGUUGGGAGUGUUUCGGUCAUCGAUCGGAAAGAGACUGAGAUGACAUUCCAAUGGGAAAGAGUCAACAACAGGAACGAUUACACUUAUGAGCUGGUAUACGGGGAUAAAAUAGAGACUAUAGCUACACAACCUGAUUCUUUAGUGGUAUAUAGGGUUGAGUCUUUGUCUUCAGGGAUUGAAUACUCCUUUACACUCUCCACUGUGUUUAAAGAUUUGCAGAGCAGUGGAUACAAAUUUGCCAGUAUUAACGCUCUAUCUGAUGUAACUGAAGUUGGAGUCGAUCGAUCACUGACACAGUUGACAAUCAAAUGGAAUAAGUUAAACAAAAACGACAUCUACAACUACACCUUGCGUGAUAGUCAUGGAACUGAGAACAAUUUCACUGGAUCUGUUAUGGGUGAUGAGAUUAUACAUAUUUACUCACAUCUUACACCAGGGACGAUACACAGUUUUACUCUCUUCACUGUGGUGAAUGGUGUCAGAAGUAAUGGGUACAGCUUCAAGAGCAUCACCACCAUUAACUGUGAGUCCUUUAACUGGACAGUCACCAACUCUUCGAUAGUUGCUCAAGUGAAUGGUAGCACACGUGUAAUAGCUGAAAACAGCACUGGCAAUAGUAAAAAUGACCCUGUAGUGGACAACAGGGUGAAUCUGCAAGAGCUUUAUCCUGGAGCAAUCUACACUGUUUCACUGUGGUAUGAUUUGGACUCAGAGGGACUACUACAGUGCUCACAUCUCCUGACGUUAGAUCCAAAUAGUGUGCUUAAUCUUCAGUGUAAAUAUUUUUCUGGGGGAUAUGGUCUGGCUGUAAUUUGGGAUCAUCCAUAUGGAGUUAUGGAUGUGGUGCAGGUGGACAUUGGUAGUCAAAGUUUCAACCGUAGUUCAAAAGAAUCACCAAGACAAGAGUUUAAAAACCUGCAAGUUGCCCAUUGGUACAAAGUGACAGCAACAUCAUUCUCUGGAGCCAAGAAGAGUAAAAUGGAAUCAUUAAACUGUCAAACUGAUCCAGCAGGCGUUAUAGCAGGUGUUCUUGUGUUUUUCCUGUUGGUCAUCCUUAUUUGUGCUGCAGUCUAUUGGUGGCUUCGCUCUGGUUCUGCAAAGCGAAAUAAAAGCCCCAAACCAGUGGAGUUAAAAGUGACUAAUAAAAGCUACAAACUGAUUCCUGUGGAUACAUUUCCUGAACAUUUUCGAAACAUGAGUCGUGAUGAGAAUAGAGGUUUCAGUCAGGAACAUGAGGACUUGAGUUCAGUUGGUAUCGAACAGUCUAGUGUUGCGGCUUAUCUGCCUAAAAACAAGGACAAAAACCGAUUUACAAAUAUUUUACCUUAUGACUCCUCUAGAGUGCAGCUCACAGUAAAUGAUGAGGACGAUUCUGAUUAUAUCAAUGCCAACUACAUGCCUGGAUACGACAAUGCAAGCAAACAGUACAUCGCUGCUCAAGGUCCACUGCCAUCCACAGUCAAUGGCUUCUGGAGAAUGGUCUGGGAGAAUAGGUCACAGGCCAUCGUCAUGGUAACAAACUGCACUGAAAGUGGAAGGAUCAAGUGUGAGCAGUACUGGCCACUGGACUACACGCCGUGUGUCUAUGGAAACCUGGUUGUGACAGUGAAAUCAGAGAAUAAAGCUCCAAGCUGGACUCUGCGAGAAUUUAGUGUUAAAAAUAAAAGCACCUCUGAGACACGAACAGUGAAGCACUUCCACUUCACAGCAUGGCCGGAUCAUGGUGUUCCCUCUGGCACAGAGGAGCUAAUCCAAUUCAGAGGACUCGUCCGUCAACACAUAGAGAGUUCCUUCUCCGCAGGGCCAACAGUCGUACACUGCAGUGCUGGAGUGGGCCAGACAGGUACGCUGAUCGCACUGGACGUUCUGCUGCAGCAGCUGGACAGAGAAAAGGCAGUGGGCAUUGCAGCGUUUGUCCAGCAAAUGAGAUUGUGCCGGCCACUUAUGGUGCAAACUGAGUCUCAGUACGUGUUCCUGCACCAGUGCAUCAUGGAUUCUCUGCAACCCAAAUUCGUGGCUAAUUCAGAGCCUCUCUAUGAAAACUCAGACGUGAUCUAUGUCAAUGCAAUAGCGUUAAGACAAUAUGAAAACGUCAAAUAUGAACAAAAAUAAAAGAACAUCUUAAAAUGUAACAUUAUUCACAUCUGGUUAGCAAAAUAGUGUUCUUAUAAUAACAACGUAAGAUCAAAAACAGUCAUAGAAUUUGUUAGCACAAUCUUGAAAACCACAGUGGUGUAUUUUCAGCAUGACUUUCAAAACAUUAAAUGAAAUAUUUCACACCAUAUGUACAUUUGUUAUUAUAAUUAAUUUAUUUAAAAUAAUAAUAAUAAUAUUAAUAAUAAUACUCCACUGCUAACAGGACUGAAAAAUAGUAGUAUUCUGUGCUUAAGCUAUAAAGCACUAACCCCCGGUUUCACAGACAAGGCUGAGAAGGCAUAUUUUAAAAUAUCUCAGUGCCAUUGUUUUGUCUUAAGA